GUCUGAGUGAGUCUGAGGGAACCGGUGAGAAGGAGAGAGGCUGCAGGAAACACUGGUUUUAAAACACACUCGCUGGGUUUCUACAGCAGAGACUCGGAUUUGGAAAAAAAGUUCAGGGGGAAAGUUUGGAGUGCGCUCGUUUCGCCGCGCGCCCUUUGGAGAGCCGUGCGUAUUUGGAUCAACACAAAACAACAACAACAACACAACCGGGGAAGCGACCGGACGCGCGGAGGCUCCUCUCUCUCGUCCACGAUCUGUGUGAAAUCGGAUUUGUUUUGGGUGCCACUCGCGGAUAAACCGGUUUCUGGAUCAUCUGAGUGAGGAGGAGGGAGGUGGGGGGGAGGAAGGUCUCGGAGCUGCUGAGAUGCGGUGAUGGAGUCCGGCGAUGUUUCCAAGAUGACUGCGUUUCUCCUGAAGCUGCUUUUCAGAGGCGAUCUCACGUCGAGAGGAGCCAUGACAGUGUUUCAUAGAUGGUCGCUUCUGAUCCUCAUGUUUUCCGCCUGGAGGCCGGUAGGCGCCGGUUCCCUGACAGAUUUGGAGUUUGAGCGGAGUCCUGCCAAUGUCAUCUCCUCGCUGGGCAAACGCGUCAGGGUGCAGUGCAUCCUGACGGGGUCGGGGGGCGAGGAGGAGGACCCGCCCGAUGUGCUGUGGCUGAGAGACGGCGUUCCACUUCAGUACGCAGACACCAACCAGUUCCAAGGUCACACUGGCGGCAACAGUUGGACGAUAAUAAGCACGUUGAGUAUCGAGAAGGUGCAGCUUGCUGACAUGGGCAACUACAAAUGUGCUGUUCUGUCGGAACAUGUGCAGGUUCUGUCCGAGGAGGGGAGCAUCCAGCUGGAGGGCCUUCCUCAUUUCUCCGUGGAGCCCCAGCACGUGUCGGUCGUGGCCAACGUGUCCCUGAGCCUGAGCUGCGUGGCCCACGGUCCUCCGGAGCCGGUCAAGGUCAUCUGGCUGCAGGACGGGGCUCCGCUCAACUCCCUGUCGGACCCGGUGGCCCUGUCGCCCUCCACACUCAACCUCACAGGUUUGAACCGGACCAGCACCUUCUCCUGUGAAGCUCACAACCGCAAAGGUGUGGCCACGUCUGGAUCCGGCACCAUCACUGUUCUUCCGUUGCAGCCUCAGAACCUCCGAGCCGUGGAGGUCACUCAGACCAGUGUGCGCCUAUCGUGGCAGGCGGGGUUCGGCGGCGACUACCCGAUCAUCCGCUGCUCCGUUCAGGCCAGGCAGUCGGGAGAGUCGCUCGCCGACGGCACAGAGAAGAUGAUCCACAACCAGAAUGUGAACAUCCCGCCCUCCACCCACCUCAUCGGGGACCUGGAGCCCCACAGCCUCUACGCUGUGAGGGUGGCCUGUCACAGCAGCCAGGGCCCGUCGGCCUGGUCGCCCUGGCUGGAGCUGCGCACCAGAGAAGGAGUUCCAGAAAACCCACCCGUGAACGUGACGGUGGCGCUGAACGGGACGGACGUGCUGAUGACGUGGGAGGAGCCUCCCGGGAAGCUGAAUGGAGAACUGCAGGGCUACAUGGUGGAGUACAGCACGCCUGUCACUCAGCAGGUUUUCAGGGACACUGGAUUGGACACUGAGCUGUCAAUCAACCUGUCCAUCCCCCUGACCAAUGUGUCUUAUCGAGUGUGUGCCUACACGGGCGCCGGACUGGGACCGUGGACCCCGACGCAGACUCUCACACUCAUCGCUCCUGAGAUGGAGACGUUUCGAGGUCCGUCGUCGCCCCCGGCCUUUUCCUGGCACUGGUGGUACGUGGUGAUGGCCGUCGCCGGCGCCGUGUCCAUCGCUGUGCUCAUGGCUGUUUACGUGGCCAAGCUGCGCCGCAAGGAGACGCGCUUUGGGGAGGCCUUUGAACCCAUGAUGGAGAGCGGGGAGCUGGUGGUCAGGUACCGCGCCCGCCGCACCUACAGCCGCAGGACGACAGAAGCAACACUGAACAGUCUGGGCAUCAGCGACGAGCUGAAGCACAAGCUCCAAGAUGUGAUGGUGGACAGACACAAACUGACCCUGGGAAAGACGCUGGGAGAAGGGGAGUUCGGCUCGGUGAUGGAGGGGCUGCUGACUCAGGAGGAGGCUGCGCUCAAAGUCGCAGUCAAGACGAUGAAGAUCGCCAUCUGCACCCGCUCGGAGAUGGAGGAUUUCCUGCGCGAGGCCGCCUGCAUGAAAGAGUUUGACCACGCCAACGUCAUGAGGCUCCUGGGUGUGUGUCUGCAGACGGUGGAGAGUGAAGGUUACCCCUCCCCCGUGGUCAUCCUGCCCUACAUGAAGCAUGGAGACCUGCACAGCUAUCUGCUCUACUCCCGGCUCGGAGACUGUCCAGUGUACCUCCCCUCUCAGAUGCUGGUGAAGUUUAUGACUGACAUUGCCCGAGGGAUGGAAUACCUCAGCAGGAAGAACUUCAUCCACAGAGACCUCGCCGCUCGUAACUGCAUGCUCAACGAGAACAUGAACGUGUGUGUGGCCGACUUCGGCCUCUCGAAGAAGAUCUACAACGGGGACUACUACAGGCAGGGCCGGAUCUCCAAGAUGCCCGUCAAGUGGAUCGCCAUCGAGAGCUUGGCCGACCGCGUCUACACCACGAAGAGCGACGUGUGGUCGUUUGGAGUCACCAUGUGGGAGAUCGCCACGCGGGGCCAGACUCCGUACCCCGGGGUGGAAAACAGCGAGAUUUAUGAUUACCUGAGACAAGGGAACCGUCUCAAACAGCCUCCAGACUGUCUGGACUGCAUCUACGCCCUGAUGUUCUCCUGCUGGCUGCUCAGCCCGAAGGACCGCCCCUCGUUUGAGGCCAUGCGCUGGGAGCUGGAAAAAGCCCUCGAUGAUCUGCCGGACCUCCAGGACCCCGACGAGAUCCUGUACGUCAACAUGGACGAGUCCUCCAUGGAGCUCGGGGCCGUCGGCGGUCGCGACCCACUUACGAUGCCGUCCCCUCUCUGCCUGAAGGGCCUGGACUCUGUGACCACGGUGGAGGUCCACCAGCCCAACCGCUACGUCCUCUGCCCCCAGCACGAGACCAACCGAGCGCUCUCCGAUUCCCUGGAGAGCCUGGACAUGCCGGUGUCGUCCUCCACAGCCACGCUGCCUCUACAGCCGUCCUGCCGCUCCACGCCCAACCCCACCCCGGCUCCGACGCCGACUGUGGAGCGGCUGGAGGACAGGGAAGGGUCCAGAAAAGUCCCCUGGCAGUGAUGGAUUCCCUCUCAAACAAUGACUGGUCACGGCCAUGGUGUGCCGUCCUUUCUCCCCUGUCCAAGAACUACAUCCAGCCUCUUGCUACUGACGAAGAAACUUUACGUGCCCUCCACACAUGUUCAUGUUUUGCACACACACACACAAAGCCGAAGACAUUCCAGGGAAGUGAAGGAUCGGGAUUAUUUCCUCCGUCAACUCCUCUCUUCUAAAAAUAAUUCCAAGUGUCUGAUGAUCAGUUCCCGACAACAAACAGAGAGUGAACCAGUUCCGUGGCCCCCGCACACUGCAGCACAAUCAGAGAAGCUAACUCCCAGUCGCCACAGCAAUAAAACAGCACAUCUGCACAACUACCUGCACAAAGUGAAGCUAAAUACAAAAUCAAACGUGUCCGUGAAACCAGCUCGUCACUGCCAGACCGAACCUGCAACUCAACAAACUCAGGAGCUUCAACCUUCCAGCGAGGAAACAGAAAGUCUCUUUCACUGAAGGCAACUGUCGGCUUUAAGUUUAUACUGGAGAACAGCAGCCAGAUUUACUGGCUCCCACUAAAGUACAGAGUCACAGCUUCUUGUGUUCAGCAAAAAUGAAAUAUGAUUUUUUUUUUUUCAUCAAAAUCACACGAAGAUUCAAGUGAAAACCAAAACGAGAGAAAACGAGGCUCCGCUCUGGAUUCUCUGAGCUUCGAGGUGAAGUCGCACCUUCAGCCGAUGUAGCGCUCUAACAAACCCCUGCAUCUUCUCCGUGGGGUUCAACUGCUGGUCGUGCAUUACGCAUUCAAAUGUGAGACACUUAUCGUCGUUCAUCGCCGAGUCGACUGCGUCUUUGUCGUGACUCGGGAAGCUGAGACGUCUGCUGCACAGGGACACAGGGACACAGGUACGAGUCAAAUCAAGAGGGUACGGAUACAAACUGAAGGGACAGAGGGACGGUUCGGACACGAUGGACUCACCCGAGGCAAAUGGCAGGAGAAGCUCCUCACAUUUGCUUUUGGCACAAGCACAGUGUUAUUUUACACAUUUUGUACUUUCUUUUUUUUUAAUGCUGAUGUUUGUUUUUUCUACAACUUUGCACUAAUGUUUUUAUAUAGACGUAUGUUUGUAAUGUGUAUAUCUCUCAAGCUUUCUUUGUUUUUAUGUGACUUUCUGUAUAUUCUCAGUCCGCAUGUAACAACUCGUAUAUUCCUGAAGGCAGAGAACACGGCCUGUGAAAGUGUUGCACCCCCGCCCGUCGGAGCGUUUUCUGUAAAUGAGCACAGACUGGGAAACACGACUAACCUCGUCAUCUGACACCAUCCUGCCACUCUUUUAUUCGGGUAUAUAUAUAUAUAUAUAUAUGUUUUUGCGAGGUUUGGCACUGUAAAUAGACAGAGACAGUUCCCGAGGCAGAGUCGAGGAGGAGGAGGAGGAGGAGGAGGAGGAGGAGCAGGAGGAGACAGAGACAGAGACAGAGACAGAGACAGAAAGCAGCAGCUGAAACCUGAAUGUACGUGAAGAUCGUCCAGACCUCUGCGUUCUGAGGACGCUCGGCUGCAACUUGGCAUCAUGCAUGCACUUAUUUUUAUAUAUAUAUAUAUAUAUACGCUUUAGUUCAUUAUUCUGUCGUCAGAAGGAACUUGACCACGUUCCAACGCACGUUUUGGGAGAAUGACACUUGUUCGGAUGAGACGCUGUGUCUCUCAGCUGUAACGGUACUUUUAUAUCAGACAGUAGACAGGCGGACGUGUAGCAUUACUGAAACCCUUGUUGGAGGAGAGUGUAUAUUUCUUUGUGGUUGAAAACUCAGAGUGGGAUCGUCCCACAUUGUUUGUGAAGCACGGACAUGUGGUGCUGAGACCGAGGUACUGGUCUGUUUUAAUGUUUCACCAGUUUUAAUGUGUUAAUGCAGAGGCACCGGCUGUUCUAUACCAACCAGGGUGUUAAACACAGUUUGCUCUCUACAGUCUCUCUUUAUUACGCCCCCUAAAACUUUUAUUUUUGUCAUGAAAACUAUUCCAUCAAGGCCUUCAAAUGUUUUAAAUGAAACUCUGCACCCUCCUUCCUCAUGUUGUGACUGGCAUCCAUAAAUACGUUAAUUUGGCCCCACCCCCACAGCGCCACCUGCAGCUACUGAGCCCCGCCCACAAGUUGACGGGAUUGGUUUGUUAGGUUUGUGACAUCACAAGCUCUGGCUGUUUGAUUUUGUUUCCUGUGGCACAAUAUGUCUUUUUAUAUAAAAAUCACAAGGGGGACAAGUUAACAUGUUUAGAAACUUGAUUUUGACCAGAGGACAAAAAGAAAAAAUGUAUCUUCCAAAGCAGAUAAACUUGUAAAAAAUAUAAACCUUCAAGAGUUAAAUCUCAGAAUUGAACGUUACCAAGUGCCUUCCGAGAGCCAGUACUUUGCACCACAGUAGACGUGU